AUGUCAACCGAUCGCUCGCUGUGGGUGGAGGACAAGUACGCGCUGCGAUGCCGCCGGUGUGGUGAGAAGUUCACCAUGUUCCGCCGCCGCCAUCACUGCCGGCGUUGUGGCCAGGUCUUUUGUUAUGAAUGCCUCUACAGCGCCCAGGGCACUGCAGCGUCGCAAAGCCUCAUGGACAACAUGUACGAGUGGUUGGCGCCGUCUCCAACACGGCCGUCUCGCAUUUCAACAGAAAAGGUUACCACGGCCGCUCUCUCCUCUUCGCCUUCUUCGCCUGGCUCACUGCUGUCGAGCGCUGUAGACGAGGACGUGCAGGCGGAGCUGUCGACUCGCAUGUGCCGCCGCUGUGCUGCCACAAUUCUGGAGAACGCGGAGAGGGAGUCGUCCGCGUCCCGUUUGGAGUUCCGCGCACCUUCCAUCCACAACAAUGCCAACGUCAAAACGUCGCAGCCUCUUGCUAUUUCUGUUUCUCCUGCUACUGACGCCACCGCGACCGCUUCCCCGCCGCCGACGUCGCCCUCUCAAAGAGCGACGCUAGCGUUCCCCAACGAACCGCAUGUGCCUUCCUUGAAGGCAGCCGCCGCAUCUCCUCCGCCCCACGUCGACGCGUCUCCGCGGCAGAAUCAACAGAGACAAGGCGUUGAAGAGAACGGAGGUGAAAAGUGGUCUUGGCGAGCGGUGCGGCACGAAGAAACAGCGGAGGAGCGCGAGGUGACGUACUCGAUCGGACGAGUGCAGCCCCGCGUAGCGGCAAGCAUGGCGGACUGGUGGGCCGCCCAUCAGGCAGCGAUGAGGAUCAAGGAGCAGAGGAAGCUAUCCACCAGCGGUGAGCUCGGCGGUGCACCCUUUACGUUGACUACGCCAGGAGCAGUAGUGCACGUGCUUACGGACCCGGUCACCUUCACCGCUCUCUUUUGUGUGCAGGAAACGAAAAGUCCUACGGUGGCUGCCGAUAACGGAACCGAUUGGGUCCGCCACGGCAGCGCAGCUGUUCAUGAGGACGCUCAGUUGUCGGUGGAGGAGACGGCGUUUCUUGACGCGUACGGCGCUGCGUGCACGGCACACAUUUUGUCGCGCAUCUGCCGCUCGGUAGAGGCGUUGAUCCCAGAAAACGGUGUGAGUCAUCUCAGCCAACACCUCGCCGCCGUUGCGUGGCACGUGGUGCAGCAGACCACCGUUGCUCUCGGCUCCACGAUCGACGAGCACGUUGCUCUCUUUUGUGUUCCGUGUCCCGCCCUCCCGCCGCAGUGCAUCGUCUACCCGGGGCUUAUUUGUGCGCUGCGUCUGCCCUCCAAGCGUGUGAUGACGGCCUGCAACCACCCUCGUAUAUUGCUCCUCGCCGGCCACCUUUCCCACCCGGUGCAACCAGCUGAAGACCUCGUCGACUACGUGCGCUCCUACAGCGGGCACCUGGAUAAACUCUUUCAGCGUCUCGCUGUGUGGAACCCGGAUGUCAUCGUAGUGGAAGGCGGCAUGCACCACUACCUACGCGAGCGGAUCGAAACAGAGAGUCACAUGCGUUUGCUGCUGCACGUCGGCCGCGACUUCCUCGUGCAGCUGUCCUGGUGCCUGCACGCGGACAUCAUUGCGGAUCUGCAGUACGUCGGCGUGGCCGAUCUCGCGUCGACCACGCCGAUGGGCGAGUGCGCGCGCUUUGAAGUGUUAGAGUUGGCGGAGGAGGAGCUCUUUUGUGCGUUUACCGGAUUCAGCGACGUCUGCUUCCACACGCUGGUGUUUCGUGGCUCGGGCGUGAUCGCCUCGGCAAAGAGCAGCAGCAGCAGCAGCAAAAACACAAGUAAUGCUGACCGAGGAGGUGCAACGCAGCAUCAAUGGAACGCGUUGGAGCAACUUGGCAGAGAGGCGAUCACCGCCGCCUACCACGCGGCGAUGCAGUCUCAUUGGGUGCGCACGCUUCUGCACUCCUCAUCUGGCGCCACCUCUUCCUUCGCCACUGGCCUCGCCGCCGCAGUGGUCCACUCGAAGGCGACCGCAGCGACGACCUCCCGCCUCACGCUCAACAGCGGAUGUCAAUACCCACCGGAAGUCCUUUCUGCCUGUCAACGCGCUGAUGCACCGCUCAGCCUCGUCCGCGACACCGUUGUGCUGAACGUUGUGCUGAUGAAUCACCUCUUUGAGAGCAGCAACAGUGCCGCUACGCCCAGUGGGUCAAUAAAAGGCACCGUCGGUGUCUCUUCAGCUUCUUCUGCGUCUGCCGCUGCCACUGCGGCGGCGUCCAACAUGACGAGAACGUUAACGCGAGCACAGAGCUCCGACCUCACGGGGGAUGUCUCUUCGCCUGCAUCGCACGCGUCGUCGGCCGGGGCGUCCCGCACGGACUUGGCAGGACUGCAUCCCUCCAAACUGGGGACUCCCGCGCUCACGCAGCCGUCUCUCCCCCAAGCCGAGUCCUCCGCUGCCCACACCUACGCGGUGGUGCAGCAGAAAGUUGCCUUGACCUUUUACGGACAUGCGGACGACAGCCUUUGCGUCUUCCUCUUUUCUCGCUGCACAUCAGCGGAAUCGCAGCUGCUGUACCUGCACGGCGGUCACCGCGUGCGCGUGACGGUGACGCGGGCUGCUUCGCGAGGCCCUGUCAUGCUGAACAGCAGCGAUGGCAGCAGUAGGAGUAGUGGUGCUCUGCCGGGAGAGGCUGCCCGCACCCCGCAGACUGCAUCGAAUCGUGCCUUGGAAGACGCACAAACCGUCACUUUUCAGCUGACAGCGGUGCGGCAGAAUGCGACCCGCGCCUGUGCGCGAGGUGAGACGACAGACGCAGCAGCAGCCACUAGCACAUGGUUGAAAUUCAUAAAAGGCUACGUCUCACUCCAAAUUUGUAGUGAAGCUGCCUCUGGGCACGGAGGCACAGCCGGGGCUACGGUGUCCGAGACAGCACCCAUCGUAGACGUCCACGUGCCACUCUGCUCGCCUCAUCUACUGAACUUCUCCACCGCAGCCUUUUUGGAGUGGGUGCUCUACGGGUGGAUGCCGCGGCUCUCUGCCUCCCUGUCGCUCCCACAGCAGCGUCUGCGUCUGGUCUUUUCUUUCCAUCCCGAUGUGUGUUCAUUACCAAGUGCGGCUCCGGUCGGUGGCAUCGGUCUCGGCGCCGCCGUGACAACUAUGAACAAAGACACGGUGACACUUGUCGUGGAUUCUGUUCCGCUCCUGCAGAUUCAGUAUCCGCCCGCCGUCUUGCCAUCUCCUCCGUUGUGUUCUGAUGCUGGGCUGCCAGACGAGGCGUCGACGGCGGAUGCGUGGUACGCUCUUCACGACGCCGAUGAACUGGAGGAGACCCUCGACGGCUUUCGCUCCUUCUUGGCAAGCUUCCCAGAGAGCACAGCGCCAGACCAACUACCGAAACUGACGGACUCCGAUAAGACGCCGGGUGCUGUGAACGCUCCACCGCCGCCGUCAGCCCCAGCAAGUAGGUCCACAACGUUGUUUCGUCACCUCUGCGAACAAGUGAAGCUCGCGUGGGAGGCACUUCACGAGUCACGGUCACGCGGAGAGGCGGCAGCGACAAUGUUUCUCCGCUCCUUACGACAGCGUCUUAUCCCAGCGCUCAUGUCGGACUACCGCGAUUGGCAGGUGGAGGCGCGCAGGACGGCGUGCGCGAAAGCAGCACCCGCCUCACCCGCGACGACAACGACUUCUCACGACGGCUCUGACGUGGCCGCGACGUUGAACUUAUCAGCAGACCGCGGCGUUCUUCGCAGCUUGGAGAACUGCUAUUUUCACCCAGGACGAGCCCAGUGGAUUCGGCUUGGCGAGCCGACGAGUGUGCUUGCAGUAGCGCUGGAGCUGCUCUACGGCGGUGUCACGGCGGCGUCUCCCGCCUCACCAUCCAGUCCAGUAGCUGCACGCGACGCAAAAGUUCCUCCGCUCCACGGCUCUCUCACACCAGCCGCAGCACAAGGCAACCCGCACGUUAACUUUGCUGUGCAUACGGAAUCCCCACUGAUGCACGACCCCAGGAGCAGCUCCGCCACGUCAUCUACGCACACAAGAGACUCCUCCCCCAUACCAUACGAUCAACAACUGCAGUCUACCGCAGCGUUGACGCGUGCGGAAGCGCUGGACAUACUCCGGCGCUGCGGCAAGAUGGAUGCAGCCCGUCCGGUCUCCCUCGCGUGCAGUCUUCGCGGCUACAAACCUGUUCUUCCCCUCAACAGAUCAGGCAAUGCGGGUGGUGGUGGUGGUGGUGUGGCGAGCAGCAUUGGCAGCGGUGCCGUGAGUACUGUGAACGCGAUUGUGGAGGCAAGUGCCCUCAGGGGACUGGGUGGAGGAGGGGGAGGCAGCAGCGGUGGCGGUGGCGGUGGCAGCGGCUCCGAUGGAGGCGAACUCAACAUUACAGUGGAGGUACUCUUCCCACAUGGGUUUGCGGCGCUGCACGUCCUGUACACCGACGGCGCCCCACUUGACUUCCCCGCGGCCCUCCUGCGCUCUCGUCCGUACAUCACCGAUGGUGGCAAGUCGCAGUCGCGCUUCUUCAUCACGGAGGACGAACGUUUUUUGCUGAAGUGUAUAAAGCCGAUGGAGUUGCGCUACUUCAAAGAGUGGGCACCGCGAUACUUUGCCCGCAUGGCAGACUACUACUCGCCUUCCCCAUCCUCUACGUCUUCUGCCUCUUCACAAAACUUUUCCUCUAGGCAGUCCACGCUGGGCAAGCUUCUGGGCCUGUAUGUUGUGCACGUCCAAGGCUCGCGCAGUCGGUCGGCGGCACAGCCCACGGCCGGCGACGCCGCGCUUCCACCGCAACAGCAGCAGCCGUUGCGCAGCUUCCUGCCCGACGGUGCGCACUGCUUCAUGGUGGCGGAGCAGCUCCUCUUUCAGCGGCCGGUGCGCGAAACGUGGGACCUCAAAGGCAGCCAGCGCAACCGCACGACGGAGCACACUGCGGCGGUGCGGCUGGACGUGGAUCUGGUGCAGGAGCGGCUGCGGCACGGCGACUUCUUCUUCUGCGCGCCGGAGGCGAAGAGUCUGUUGAUGGAUCACCUGUCCCGUGACACCCAGCUCCUGUGCGACAGUGGCAUCAUGGACUACUCGCUCAUGGCCUCCGUCGGGGGCGAGGUCGACGCGAAGGGCGGCGGGAACCUGUACGUCGGCAUGAUCGACUUCCUGCAUCCCUACUCCUCCGCCAAGGUGUUCGAGUCAAAGAUGAAGUCAGGGCUGGACACGGUGCUUGGCUAUGGUCGGCGGGACCCGACGAUUAUUGACCCGUCCAGCUACGCGACACGCUUCAUGCUCUGGAUGGACGGUUACUUCAGCGGCGUGCCAGACCGUCUCUUCCCGCUGACACGUGUGCAGCUCCUGGCGGAGAGGAAUGAGGCCAACCUUGCCGCGGCUGCCGCUGCGGCUGGUGGUGUUGAGGACGACGACGCUUUGGCGUCAACGUGA